UCACCAACCCAUGCGCGAUCAACGCCCGACUGCAAGCCGCUCAAAUUCAAAACGCAAAUUUUUUUCAUACUGCAGUUCUGAUCUCACCGUCUACGCCAUUUCGCCACGUUUCAUCCUAGAUACGUGGCAUGAGGUGACGUGCGGACAGCAAAAUUCAAGGUAGUGUGGUGCAGCGCCAGAGAUCCAGCAUUAGAUGACAACUUCCUACUAUCGGAAAUCGAACCUCUGCAAAACCUCAAAUUUGUUAGGGAAAAUUAAAUAAAACACCAAGAGAAACUUAAAAAGCUCAAGUUUUGCAAUCCGUUCUAGCGAGGGAAAAUCUGUUCGUGUUUGGCAGCAAGUUGUCUCCGAGCUGACGACAUUGUCAUCAAAACAAUUUUUUUUUUUUUUCCUUUUGGAAGUAUUAGGUCGAGAUUUCUUCAUCAGAUUCUGUUAUGAUGAUUUUUCACCAUACCCGCCCCUUUUUUGAAAUUUGAAUCCAUGGGCUAAUUUGUGCGCGGAGUAAGAAGUGUGGACUAUCUUCACUCUGCUUGAAACUCAACCGCUGGUCAUGGUUUCAGCUUCCUGGCAUUGUGAGGGUUUACUGGGAUUCUUUUAAAUUAGUAUUUUAUUCUUACAAGUCACGUGAAGAUGAAUUCUUUCAAGUCUAUUAGUUCUUACAAGCAGGGAGUAUGAUGCGAAGGAUAGAUGCAGACCGACCUUUAUAACUUGAGAAGGUGUGUGCUGCCCUUUCCCUGUUCCGUGGAACUGAAAAUAACAUCACACUGAAACUUCUGAAGUUCAUGGCUGGGAGGGAAAAUUCCAGAGAUCAUUCCAUAUUCCAGCUGGAAAAGGAUGUUCUGAAUCUACAACUAUUGCUGCAAGAGGAGAUCAAGUUGCACGAUGUUCUUGAAAAGGCUGUAGAGGAUGCUGCAUUUGAACUGUCUGAUCUAUCAUGCCUCCCAAAUGAUGCGCAAGAACUUUUGUGUAACAUUACAACGUUAAAGAAUACUGUAGGAAAACUUGAGGAAGAGAUGAUCUAUUUAAAUUUUCAGCUCAUUCAAGAACGAAAUGAGAGAAGGCUUGUUGAAUAUCAGUUGAAGCAAUUGCCAGGAUCACUACAGAUUAUGUACCCCAUUGCACAGGCAACUUUGGAUGAUUUGGCUCUAGAAGAAGAGGAGGGACCUACUGAAUUGAUUCAACAGUUCGCAGCAAUUGAACGAGUACCUCUUAAAGGUGUUUUGAAUCACCUCCAUCCUAAUAAGCUUUCUGAGGAGAUAGUUCGUUGCAUGAAAGAUAUAUUCAUCUCCUUGGCAAAUUGCCAUAGUUUUCCCUCAACAUUUUCUUCACCAGAGAGUUUUUGUUCUUCUUCGUCACCACAAGGGCACAUUCCAACCUUUUGGCCACUAUCUGAGCUGACGUCAAUUUCCUCAUGGAGACAUAGUUCUCAGGUGGAUAUUCAAUACAACAAUGAUGUUUUAACUACCGGAGGCGUUUUUGAUCCAUAUAAAGUCCGCGAAAAAUUGAGUUGGAUCGAUAUUGGUAAUUAUAGUUUAGUAAAAGAGGUUUCGUGGAUGUCUGUGGAGAAGAAACAACUUGAAGCUGCUUCUGAUUUAUUAAAGGUGUUCAGAUCACUUGUUGAGCAGUUGACUGAAGUAAACCCUAUUCAUCUUAGCUACCCUGAGAAGUUAGCCUUCUGGGUCAAUUUGUACAACGCACUCAUUAUGCAUGCUUAUCUUGCAUAUGGUGUUCCUAAGAGUGAUAUGAAGCUCUUCGCAUUGAUGCAAAAGGCUGCAUACAUAGUGGGAGGUCACUCAUACAGUGCUGCUUGCAUUGAGUAUGUUGUAUUGAAGAUGAAGCCACCCAUCCAUAGGCCACAAACAGCGUUACUUCUUGCACUUCAGAAGUUGAAACUAUCUGAGGAGCAGAAGAGGUGUUCGAUCGAUACGUAUGAGCCGUUAGUUACAUUUGCACUAAGCUGUGGAACAUUCUCUUCUCCUGCAGUAAAAGUUUACAGUGCAGGAAAUGUGAAGGAAGAGCUCCAACAAGCUCAGCGCGACUUCAUUCGUGCUUCCGUAGGGAUGAGCAACAAAAGGAAGCUUCUCAUCCCAAAGAUGCUCCACGCUUUCACUCGAGGAUUUGUUGAUGAAUCAAACUUACCAAUCUGGAUAUCUGGAUUCUUGACUCAGCAACAAGCAGGCUUUGUAGAACAAUGCAUCUCCCAGAGAAAAUACAGCUUGUUGGGCUCUCGCAGUUGCGGAGUAAUCCCUUACGACUCUCGAUUUCGUUAUCUUUUCCUACCCGAAAUAUUGCGCUGAUGAUCGAACGCCAGCUUGCAGCAUUUGUGGGAUCCGUUAAAAAUUAAGUAGUGAGAGUUUUUGUUGGCCAGUGAUUAAAUCUUAUUCUCCAGAAUCCAGCGCUAAAGUUCUGGUUUUGUUGGGGAGCAGGGAAUGGAGCCAACUAUAUGUGAUCAGAGUGAGCUUUUGGUAAGGAGGAUAUCUAAGACAUGUUGGUAGGCUAAUUUGUGAAGGGCAUUCCAUGUUUUGGUUUAGUGGAGUUGCUAGUGCAGUUCCUUUGGUCUUCUACUGGAAGACUAGCUCCAAUUGUAUUUUGAAUCCAGUGAAAAUUUUUGAGUUGUCUGUUAAGGAUUCUACUUGUUUAGUUGAUAAAGAACUUGAAAGUUGU